UUUGUUUUCUUCAGUUCUUUCUUGCUCUUUUCUCUCUCUAAUUAAUUUUCAAAACCCCAUUUCUUGGUAUUCCCAUCUGUUCACACAAGCCAGAUUGAGUGGAUAAAAGGGCUGUUCUUGAAGAUUUGAAAGGUGGGUUCUUCCCAAGAUUUGAUUUUGUUUAAGUGGUAUAAAUAGUAGAUGAGAAAAUGGAAGCUGAGAGGCGAAGUUCAAAGGGAGGAUUUUUUCAGUUGUUUGAUUGGAAUGCCAAAUCAAAGAAGAAGCUGUUCUCAAAUAAGUCUGCAUUGCCAGAAUGUUCAAACCAAGGAAAAGAAAAUUUCAGCAGUUCAGAGGCAUCACGGCUUCAUCAGAUGAAUAUGCAUGAGGUAGGACCUAGUCCAAGUGUUCAAGGACACGAUUACAAUUGCAUUUCAUCCGUCAGUGGUGAAGAAGGGCAUGGAACAAAAGUGCCUGGAGUGGUUGCUAGACUUAUGGGACUUGAAUCCUUGCCAAAAAAAGAUGUUUCGGAGCUCUCCUAUGAUUCUUCAUAUUAUGAUUCUUACUCAUUUCGGGAUUCUCAUUUCCCAAGGACUCAACCUGAUACUCAAAGUGACCAUCAUAUCAUGGAUUAUGGUAACACAAGAAAUAAGUUGGAUGGAUUUUCUAGGAAUCCGGUAGAUUUUAGGAUGCACAAGGUGCAGAACAGAUCAAUUGAUAGAUUUCAAACUGAAAUCUUGCCUCCAAAAUCAGCUAGAACCAUAUCUAGUACCCACAGUAGGCUGUUGUCCCCUAUUAAGAGUCCUGGAUUUAUUUUGACGAAGAAUCCAGCUUCCAUCAUGGAAGCGGCCUCGAGAAUAUUUGAACAAAGUCCUCAAUCAACUACCAAGGGUAAGACCAGCUUCGGGUCUCCGUCCGUUCCUUUAAGAAUUCGCGAUCUAAAAGAGAGACUAGAGGCUGCACAGAAAGCACCCCAGGUUCCUGUUCAAUAUCAAAGAACUAAGGACAAUAAUUCUGAAAAGUGUAUGAAAGGACAACCUAAUGAAAGGGGACAGAGAGGAUUAGAAAAUACACAGUUAAGGCAUUCUGUAGCUCUAAAGCAAGGUGGAUCAAGAAGUUUGAAGAAUAAAGAGAAGACUCCUUCUUCAAGUCGAACAAAGACCAAUUUUCAGAUGAGAGAAGGACCGUCUUGGAGUGGUAACAGAAGUUUGAACAGAAAAGGAGAUAAUGGGGUCAAACCUAACCAUCUUGAAAAGAAACAAGUAUAUAUGGAAAAGGGUGUACAGAGGAGAACUUCAGCAAGCGGAACUUCUGAUGUUCUUAAGCAGAAUAACCAGAAGCAGAAUUGUGCAUCCAGCAAAGAAACAAUAUGUUUGAAACCUCAAACGACUUCAUGCCAGCUAGACAGGAAAGUGGCGUCAAGCAAAAACUCCUCUAAAGUGAACAAACCAGUCAACAAAAUUGCUGAAAGUUCUUCAACUGGUUCCAGAAAGAAGAAUAUUGUGGCAGCUGAUACAAGAAAGGAAACCCCAUCUUCUAAUUCAAAAAGCUUUCUAGCAAAGAAACGACCUGUCAGUGCAGUUGCUCGUAAUAACAGCAAUGCUAUUAAAGAUGUUUUGAUCAACAAAGAUGAUAGGUCUGUAAAAUGUAAUGUAUCAGUUGAUGGAUUAAAGAAUUGGGAUGCAGUUGAUGCAAAAAGUGGGAUGGAUGUCGUCUCAUUUACGUUCACGUCUCCCAUUAAGAAGUCACUAUCAGGUUCCCAGGCAUCUGGUCACUUUAGAGAAAAGGAUAGCAGCCUGUCUGUUGUACCUGCUGACGAUAAGCCUGCUAAUGUAUCAUAUUUAUCUUCUUUGGGUUUGAAUGUGAUUGGUAGUGAUGCUUUAAGCAUAUUAUUGGAGGAGAAACUUAAGGAAUUAGCAUACAGGGUUGAACCGUCAGAUAAUAAUUUGGUCAGACACAGUCAGUUUUCAGGUCCUGCUUCCAGCUUGCAUGAUUCAGCAUCAUCCCUCAGUGCGACAGACUCCACAUAUGCUAAACAUGGGAAAAACCCUCACCUUGAUCUGCAUAAACAUAAUUCAGAAAAGCAACAAGACUUUAGUCACUCUUCAGUAGACGGGAUGAUUUUGGAUGCAAAACAAAAGUGGCAGGAAUCUGAAGACUUUGAAGAAAUUAGCAAUAGUAGAAAUAACAAGAAAACUGAAUAUGGGCAAGAAACUGAUAGUCCAAUCUCAAGUCCCACUUCUUUUUCAGGUGGAAGUUGCAAUUCGUUGGAUAGCAAAAUCAGCUAUACCAGCAAUGGCAACAGGCAGUGUUCAUCACUUGAAUCAUAUGAGACGGUCUCUUUCAUCUCAUCGCGACAUCCUCAUUCCCUUGAAGAACUGGAAUUUUCAGAUUCCGCCUCUUCCUUAUCUGUCGGGGCCAUGGAAAGGAAGAAUAGAGCUUGUACAUCAGGUUAUAGAAAUUUUGAGCCAUCACCGAACUGGGAAUUGGUAUAUGCUAUAGAAGUACUUAGCAAUGCUGACUUUCAGCUAGAUGAUUAUGUAUUGGGUCAGGCCUGUUUAACUGCAGAUUUCUUUACAUCCUGGGAGAAUCAGAAAACUGGAUCGGAUAAAGCUGAGGAUGAGUAUUAUAAACUUGAACAGAAGCUCGUCUUCGAUUUCUUAAAUGAAUGCUUAGAAUUCAGGUGUGAGCAAAUAUCUGUCGGAAAUCACAAAGCAUGGAGUAAAUUGACGAUGUUGUUUCUAAAGAAGGACCUCUUGGCAGAGGAAUUUCAUAGAGAAAUGAGCAGGUUGACAAGCAUGAAGGACUUACCCACGGAUGAGAUUGUGGACAAGGACAUGAGUUCUCAUUAUGGAAAAUGGGUCGACUUCGAAACCGAAGAAUGUGAAGAAGUUUUAGAUCUAGGCGAUGAGAUAUUAAGUUCUUUAGUUGAUGAAUUAAUGAUAGAUUUGUUGUCUUGAAUUGAUAAACCCUCUUAGGUUCUUUCAUUAUCUGUUACAUAUAGGCAAAACUAAUCCUAUCUAUUGUUUCUUACUUUCCAAUUUCUUUAAGCAGCAAAAAGAAUAUAUAUAUAUCUGGAAGAAAGAAUGUUUCUUUA